GCAUGGUGCAGUAGCAUGAUCGUUUUGCAGAAAUCAAUUAAGUCACUCAGUUGUCCUAGCUUUGCAACAGGACAGCCAUCUACUCGGUAUACUUGUAUGAAAUCAUUUGAAUCACAUUACAUUCGAUACAUUAUGAUGCAGUCUGGGUUUCUGUUGUGCUUGUUCUUUUUUCUGGUGAUGCUCUGAAGUCAGAAGGACUCAGCAGUGGGCGGCGACGGUGCCGUGUUUUCCACGCCCCAGGCUACCACUGAGUCCGCGAAACGUCAAACAACCCGCCCGUCUCGGUAAAGGAGAAUGUAAAGAGGGAUGAACAAGUAAGAGAGACAGCCGGUUCGGCCGGAUGGAGUAGACUGGUGCUCCGCAAAGCGGCAGCGUGUGUAAAGCGCGGUGUCCGAUUGCUGUCUCUGUGCUGGCAGCGCCACAUCCACCGUCCCCAGUAAGCAAAUUUCAGCAACAGCACUCCAGCCCCCACCCUGAUCGAUGUUUGUUUCCAGGCCAGCAGACUCGCCCUUCUCGCCAUGCCGUUCCCCUUCGGCAAAUCCCAGAAGACCCCGGCAGAGCUGGUCAGGAGCUUGAAGGAGAACCUGUGUCAGCUGGAAGAACUGGAGGCGUCCGAGAGCAAGAAGGGAGAUAAGCUGGCGGAGGAGAUCUCCAAGAGCCUGGCCUCCCUGAAGGAGGCGCUGUGCGGAACUGCGGAGAAGGAGCCGCAGAUGGAGGCCGUGGCCCAGCUGGCCCAGGAGCUCUACAGCACCAACCUGUUCGUCUCCCUCAUCGGCAACCUGCAAAGGAUAGACUUUGAGGGGAAGAAGGACACGGUGCAGCUGUUCAAUGGGGCCGUGCGGAGGCAGAUUGGGGCCCGAUCCCCCACCGUGGAGUACAUCUCCGCACACCCUCAGAUCGUCUUCAUGCUGCUGAGAGGGUACGAGAGCGCGGAGGCGGCGCAGAGCUGCGGGGCCAUGCUGCGCGAGUGCCUGCGCCAUGAGCCGCUGGCGCGCAUCGUCCUCUUCUCUGAGGACUUCUACUGCUUCUUCCACUAUGUGGCGCUGUCCGUCUUCGACGUGGCGUCCGACGCCUUCGCCUCCUUCAAGGAUCUUCUCACCAGGCAUAAAGUAAUGUGUGCUGAAUUCUUGGAAACAAAUUAUAACAGAGUGUUCACGGAGUAUGACAAGCUACUGCAUUCGGAUAAUUAUGUCACCAAACGUCAGUCUUUAAAGCUCCUGGGAGAGCUACUGCUAGAUGGGCACAAUUUCGCCAUCAUGAUGGAGUACAUCAGCCAGGUGGAGAACCUCAAGCUGAUGAUGAACAUGCUGAAGGAUAAGAGGCGCAGCAUCCAGUUUGAGGCCUUCCAUGUCUUUAAGAUCUUUGUUGCAAACCCCAACAAAUCGGCAACGGUACUGGACAUCCUGUUGAAAAACCAGAGCAAGCUGCUCGAGUUCCUCAACCGCUUUCAGAUGGACCGGGCCGACGACGAGCAGUUCACCAACGAGAAGAACUACCUGAUCAAGCAGAUAAAGGAGCUGAAGAGGCCAGCGUCACCGGGAGAUGUGUAGAGGGGGCGAGACAACCUGGACAUCGCUGGAGGCAUAUGGAGAACAGAACAGAGCG